AACGGAAUAUGCUAAAACUAAUGAGACGAUCUUUUACUAUUAGUUGUGUGUGUUGAGAAUGUCUAGUUUUGUUGUUGUAUGUCGUUCGGAGGAUGGCUCUAAGGAAGACUGUAUUGAGCUUCCAACAGAAGAUGAUGGAUCAUUGCUACUCUCAGUUCUGCAGUCUCAGUUUGAGGGAGCUUCUGGACUCAAGUACAGGAACCCUGACUCCGGCUCGUGGCGUGCUAUUAAGCUGACUGAUGGCCAGCUGAAGGCACCAUCUACUACUGGAUGGGACAAGCUCACCUAUUAUGUUGUCAUGGGCAAUACUGAGACGCCUGUCAGUGGGGAUUAUUUAAAUGAUGGGACGAAGAGGAUAAAGCUUGAAGAACAAUCGCAACAGGCCACUCCGGAUAGUGACCUCAUUGUCUUGGGGCUGGAAUGGACGGUCACCACUGAUGACAUGAAAUCGUACUUUGAACAAUUUGGAGAAAUCACAUCUGCCGAAGUGAAGACGAACCCAGCGUCUGGUGAAAGUCGAGGGUUUGGGUUCAUUCGGUUCAAGGACCCCGAGGUCUACCAGAGAGUGUGCGAGCUGAGUCAUACCAUCAAGGGCAGGAAAGUGGAUGUCAAGUUGCCAAAAUCACGUCCGGCCAAGUUUGCAGAACAAUUUAUUGCUCCAGUAGGCACUCGUCACCUAAUACAACCAAAGCUACCUUUUAUGUAUGGUGGUGGUCCCAUGCAACAACGGGCCAUUCCUGGUGAUGAUCUCAUUGUCUUGGGACUAGAAUGGAAAGUCACCACAGAAGACCUGAAAUCGUACUUUGAGAAAUUUGGAGAAGUCACAUCUGCAGAAGUGAAAACGGACCCAACGUCUGGUGCGAGUCGAGGGUUUGGGUUCAUUCGGUUCAAGGACCCCGAUGUCUAUCAGAGAGUGUGCGAGUUGAAUCAUGCCAUCAAGGGCAGGAAAGUGGAGGUCAAGUUGCCAAACUCACAUCCGGCCAAGAUAUUUGUUGGCUGUCUACCUUUGAAGCCGCCCGUACAAAAAGAAGAAUUGGAGACUCACUUCUCAGAGUUUGGCACACUAACGGACGUCUACGUUCCUCACGAGCCCUACAGAGGUUUUGGGUUCAUCACCUUCAGAGACCCUGCGGUAGCUCAGAGGGUGAUGUCCAUGCAGCACACACUGCGCAAGUCACAGCUGAACCUCUCUCUUGCCGACCCCAAAGGUGGUGGUGCAAAGCAGCAGCCUGCAGCGUACACAUCGCAAGGCUAUAAUGUCUAUCAGCAUCAACAUCAGCAGCAAUAUUCACAAUUAUAUUCGCAAUAUGCACAACAGCAAGGUCUCCCUCGGGCCACUGCUGCCGCUGCUGCGUAUGGAUACAAUCCUUAUGGGACUAGCCAGGCACAAGCCAGCUACAAUAAGGGAUUUAUGGACAGCAGAGCCCAACUUCAGUACUCCCAGGUCCAACAAUCAAUGCUGGCACAAAAUUCUGCUCAGACGAAUCCUGCCUACACGCAUCAGGCACAAUCACAGCAACAGUACACCCAGCAACGAGAUCCUAACCCCCUGGGAUCACAAGCCACAGCGGUUACCCCUUUUCCUGCAGGUGCCCAACUCCCUGACACUGCUGGUCGAGUUCGUACUCCACAAGGCCAUAAUUUGAAGGGUGUCUGGAGCAACUACUGAUAGUGUGUGUGUGGAGUGGAGAGCGGCAGUCGUGUGGGGGAUGAGUGGACAUGUGAUGUGUGUGGAACAUGUGUGGUGUGUGUGUAGGAGGGAUUUUAGUGAAUCAUCCAAUCGUUUACCCUUGUUUUCACCAAAUUGUGUGUGUUAGUUUCUCAGUGCGUGUGUUAGUGUGCUGUGGUUUUGGAUGAAAAUGCUUUUGAAGGAAA